CCCGGCCCCGCCUUGGCCGCUCUGUUCCGAAUUCGGGUCAAACCCCGGGGAAACCGGGGCAGACGAUGCGGGGGCUGUGCUCGGGAAGGGGCUCGCCCUGUCUCGGCGCGGGCGGCCCGCGCCGCCUGGUAGGCUAGGGCAGAGCAGGACGGACCCGGCUGCCCCCCACACGGGCUAAGGCCAGCCAUCCCCUCACGGCUCACAGCUGGGCUGAGCAGCAGCUGCCCCGCAAGGAGCAGCCCUGGCACCCCCCGCUGGCGGGGCAGCCCCCAGGCCCCGUGUCCCGGCACCGGCCGCGCCCCCGGCCGGUCACAGCCGCUGGCACCGCCUGAGCCCCGGCCUCCUCCACAGCUCUGCCCCCGCAGCUGCCUCACCCGGCUGCCGCUGCAGGUCCAAACAGGGGAAGAGAGAUACAGUGAUGUAACAAUUCUUGAGCCCAGAAGAAGACCAGCCUUAACACCGAACAACUAAAUUUUAGUAGAUAUGUUCAGCAGAAAGAUGCAAGAUUGCAGGUUUGCUGCCCUGGACUGUUUUAUCCCAAACUACUCCUCAAACCAUUUAUGUAGAAGACAUGCUUCAGGCAGUGCCAGAGCAAGACUUUGACUCACUGACUACAACUUCACCUAUGUCCUAGACAGGAUGGCCUGGGACUCCUUGUGCAGCCAGGACUUACGGCGGCCUAGGAUAAGAAGUGCCUCAAGCUGGAUGCCCGACAGUGGGAGCAGCACUGGGACAGCAUCCCUGGAGGAGCUGCGGCGCCUGCUCUGCACACGCACACACCCCACAGGGCAUGUGGACGAAGUCUGGCCAAACCUUUAUGUGGGAGACCUGUACGUUGCUCGUGACAAGGCGCAGCUGAGCCGCAUGGGCAUCUCCCACGUUGUGAAUGCUGCUGCCGGGAGAUUUCGCAUCAACACUGGGCCCAAGUUCUACAACGACUUGCCUGUGGAUUACUAUGGAGUAGAAGCAGAGGACAACCCAAAUUUUGAUCUCAGCAUUCACUUCUAUCCAGUUGCUCAGUACAUCAGAGAAGCACUGAAUUCCCCAAGAGUUUCUCGCACAUCCGGAGAGCGCUUCUUCAUGGACAAGAUGUCAUCAAGAAGCUGGAAUGCUGGGAAGAAAAAUGCAUAUACAGCAGUCAAAGUAGAUCCUGAUGAGGAUUAUUGUACCCCAGGAGCAUUUGAACUGGAGAGGCUCUUGUGGAAGGGCUGCCCAAAGUACACUCACGUCAAUGAAGUCUGGCCCAACCUCUACAUAGGAGAUGAAAAGACUGCGCUGGAUCGCUACAGCCUGGAGAAGGCGGGAUUCACCCACAUCCUCAACGCGGCCCACGGGCAGCGCAACGUGGACACGGGACCAGAAUAUUACAACAGCAUGACUGUGGAGUACCAUGGCGUGGAAGCAGAUGAUCUCCCCACUUUCAACCUCAGCCAGUUCUUUUAUUCGGCUUCCAAAUUCAUUGAUAAUGCACUUCAGGAUGAAAGAAGCAAGGUGCUGGUUCACUGCGCCAUGGGCCGCAGCCGCUCCGCCACGCUGGUCUUGGCUUACCUGAUGAUUUACAAGAACAUGACAGUGGUGGAUGCCAUUGAGCAAGUGUCAAGGCACCGCUGCAUCUUGCCAAACCGGGGCUUCUUGAAACAGCUGAGAGAACUGGACAUAGCACUGGCACUGCAGAGAAGGAACAGCAAGAACAGCCUAGCACCUGCUGAGCAGCAGAACAGCACCACCAUCUAG